AAACUGGACGGCAUCAAGUGUCGUACCUCGUAGCUCCAGCGAGUCAUAGCGCACAGCUUAGCUAUCAGUUCGGUCAUAGAGAAUCUCGCAACCAGGGCAGUCAUUGUGCACGCGUCUGGAGCAAGCGGACGUGCAGCGUUCGAAAAGAGAACCAGAGAAUGAGGGUAGAGCGCAAAAGCACGUCUCCAGAACCUACUUUCCUAGAAAUGUGCUUCUCGUAGGUUGCCCCGCCAAUAAAGGGGCGAUAUCUGCUCCAGGAACUCAUAGGAAAAUGAAACGGCUUUCUCGAAAACUGACUUUGGCUCUGGUGGUGCUUUGUUGGACUGCUGCACUACUGUAUUUGAUACUCCUAAGUAGGCAGCAAGUAUCAGACCUGGGCACCAAAGACGCACAGUACAGACAGAUCUCGGAGGCAGAAUGGGACGACCUCCUGGAAGAGUUUGAAGAGAAGAACUACCUUAACGCCAGGCGAUGGAAACCAGGACAGGACCCUUACAAACUGUAUGCCUUCAACCAAAGAGAGAGUGAGAGGAUACCCAGCAACAGAGUUCUCAGAGACACACGACAUUACAGAUGCACCACAUUGCAUUAUAACCCAGAUCUGCCCUCCACCUCCAUCGUCAUCACUUUCCACAACGAGGCCCGCUCCACUCUGCUACGGACCAUCAGGAGUGUGCUGAACAGGACGCCAGUCCACCUGAUUCACGAGAUCAUCCUGGUAGAUGACUACAGUGGGGAUGCAAAUGACUGCCUUCUACUCACCAAGUUGCCCAAAGUAAAGUGUCUUCGGAAUGACAGGAGAGAAGGUCUGAUCCGCUCCAGGGUACGUGGGGCAGAUGCAGCGAAGGCUGGGGUCCUGACCUUCCUGGACAGUCACUGUGAGGUCAACAAGGACUGGCUGCCCCCACUGCUCCGGAGGAUCAAGGAGGACCCGACCUGUGUGGUGAGCCCAGUGAUCGACAUCAUCAACAUGGAUACCUUCGCCUACGUAGCAGCUUCCUCUGACCUCCGUGGAGGCUUCGACUGGAGUCUACAUUUCAAGUGGGAACAGUUGUCUGCUGAGCAGAAAGCCAGGAGAGCUGACCCCACCGAACCCAUUAAGACUCCCAUCAUUGCCGGAGGGCUGUUUGUGAUUGACAAGGUGUGGUUCAACCACCUGGGGAAGUAUGACACAGCCAUGGACAUCUGGGGCGGGGAGAACUUUGAGAUCUCGUUCCGGGUGUGGAUGUGUGGAGGGAGCCUAGAGAUUCUCCCCUGCAGCAGGGUCGGCCACGUCUUCCGCAAGAAACACCCCUACAUCUUCCCUGAGGGCAACGCCAACACCUACAUCAAGAACACCAGACGGACGGCGGAGGUGUGGAUGGAUGAGUUCAAGCUCUUCUACUACUCUGCUCGCCCUGCAGCACGGGGCAAGUCCUACGGAGACAUUCAUAGCAGGGAAGAGCUCCGCAAGAGUCUCAAGUGCAAAUCCUUCAAGUGGUAUCUGGACAACGUCUACCCAGAGCUCAAAGUGCCAGAUGAUUCGGACUCCAAGUCAGGGGUGAUUCGUCAAAGACAGAAUUGUCUGGAGUCCCGUAGGGUGGAGGGACAGAACCUCUCCUCUCUCACACUAGCACCCUGCAUCGGAACAAAAGCUGUGUCAGCACUCAACCAGGAGUGGAUUUACACCCACGGGCAGCAGAUCCGUCAGCAGCAGCACUGCCUCUCUCUCUCCACCACCUUCCCUGCCUCCCAGGUCAUGCUCAUGCCCUGCAACAUCAGCGACGGGAAACAACGAUGGCAGAAGUCAGGCACCCACCUGGAGCACCUGGUCUCCCACUUCUGCCUGGACAGUGAGAUGGCCCUGGAAGGCAUCGAGAGCAGCAAGAUGCUGGUGAUCAGCCCCUGUGAACUGACAGCCUACACCCAGAGAUGGGAGAUGCCCUUCUCAUGAUCCAUCCACAACACAAGCCUUCCUGUAGAGGAGGACUACCCUACGAGCACUCACGACCUACUGCAGUGCUUACUGUAGCCAAGAGCUUUUAGAAAGAGAUGGAGGAGGUUGGACACCGGCGUAAAGGGUAUUUUUGGUCACUGAGAUUAGUCUUUAUAAGAUGGCAUGGACUUGGACUGACGUCAGCACAUUCAAUUGUUCAACAAGACACUCAGCAGCAGUGGUGGAAAAUGUACUCAAUUGUCAUACUUCAGUAAAAGUAAAGAAGAAAGAGAAAAUGACUCAAAUAAAAGUGAAAGUCACCCAGUGAAAUACUACUUGAGUAAAAGUCUAAAAGCA